AUGGCCUAUUUUGCAACAAAAUACGUUUCCAACGGGCAUUUAAAGUGUGGUAUCUGCGACAAGCGGUUCACGUACAAGAAGGCGCUGGUCACGCACCACGAGCGCUGCCACGCGAAUAUGGAGCUGCAGGUGAAGGUCGAGCCGCCUGAUAAGAUGCCUGAACAGGACAAUCCGAAUCUUCUCAGCGAGACGCGAGCACCUUCCGAAUCAGAAUCGAGCGACGAGGAAGGCGACGACAACACGUGUGAUAUAUGCGAGAAACAUUUCUCAUACAAGCGGCUGCUACUGCAACACAAGCGCACCAAACAUAACCUGAGCUCGGGGACCAAGCGAGCCAAGAUCACGCUCAAAGACUGUUCUGUGAGGUGCCUCAUUUGUGACUUGGAAAUGAAAGUCAGCGCCAUCAACGAGCACAACCAGAAGCACAUCUCUGUGAACAUCAAGCCGCGCAACGUUUACACGUGCGCCGAGUGCCAGGACAAGUUCAAGAGCUGCAGCGCGCUGGCCGGACACAUCAAGUUCGUGCACAGAUUAAAACAGCCGCGAGCGCCGAAAGCACCGCGUGCCCUUGAGGGCGGUUCGGAGUUGGCGGAUUUUUGCGAGGUCGUUGUGACUAAGGCGGAACCCCUGGACGCGCUCCAGGAUCACAACGACCCCGGAGCAGUUCCGCCCAGUGUCAGCGCCGCCGGGUUUACCUGCCCGCUGUGUACUAAACGAAUGCCCACGCUGUUGGCUCUCAAGCGACAUGUGAAUUGGCAUACAUAUCGUGGCAAGGAUUUGGAGAAGAAUAUUGAGUGCGCCGUGUGCAAAGAGACCUUCCGUUUCCAAUGCCACUACAAGUUACACAUGCGCGGGCACUACCGGGACCCGAACCUGGACCCGGUGCACCUCACGUGCCCCAUCUGCAACCGCAAGAGCAAGCAUCUAAGGGCAGCUCAGAUGCACAUGAACUACCACAAGCAGACGCGCUUCAACACCGCCGACUACCAGUGCUCGAUCUGCAAGCGAGUCUUCCAGCAUCGGAAGGUGUACCUCUCGCACAUGGCUAUCCACUUCAAGCGCGGCGAGAGCGGUCAGAACACCAUCGUCGGUGACGUCACGCCCAACAACGCCGACAAGACGCGCUUCGACGGCACCAACACCUGCCACCUCUGCGGAAAGGUCUGCGACUCCGAAAAUUCGCUCAAGCACCACGUGCGAUGGCACAACUCCAAGUCUUCCUUGUACGGAGCACGCCACGAGUGCCAGUUCUGCCAAUUAGUCUUCACAAACAAGCGCCGUCUAGAAAUCCAUAUAAGAUCACAUUACGAGGACGACAACGGACCCUUCAAGUGCACUAUUUGUGGUAAAGGAUACAUCGACGAGGAAUACUUUCGGAGACACGUUAAAGGACACAACUUCGACCACCAGUCACAUAAGGAUAGAAUCGAUAAGUUAAGAAAGGAUAAAGUCAAGUGCCCGAUCUGCGCUCGCUUCUAUCCAGACCUGAUCCAUUUGAUACGUCAUCUGAGACGCACCCAUCCUGAGAGCAAAAUGAUCAAGACCGACCCUGAUGCGCCGGCGCCGGUCUACUUUUCCUGCAAGCUGUGCGCCAAAGUGUUUCUCGACGAGCGCCGCUUCCAAAAACACGAGGAGGCCCACAUGAGAAAGCCGCAGUUCUUCAAAUGCAAAUUCUGCGGAAAAAACACCAUCUCGAUGAAAACCCACAACCUUCACAUCAAGGGUCACCUAACCCAGAAGUACCUAGACGAACCGCUGAAGUGCAUGCACUGCGACGAAAAGUUCUACAAGGGCUACCAUUUGCACCACCAUUUGAGGGACGCGCACCAGAUCAAUGAAACGUGGAUCGCCGAGCGCACCGAGCCCACUCUUAGCGGGCCUUUGAAAGAGUUCCAGUGCUCAGUUUGCUUGAAGGUGCUCGCCAGCAAAGGAAACUUCGAACGGCACAUCGACUACCACAAUACCCUGCGCUGCAACUAUUGCUUCGACUACUUCAGCACCAUCCGCUUCCUGGAAGGCCAUCUGGCCUUCAGCUGCGACAAGAAGAAGCUCCUCGGGGACACCGAACCGCAUCUAAGGAGGAUCAAGUGCCACGUCUGCUACAAAGCCUUCCACUUGCAGGUCAAACUGGACUGUCAUUUGCAGACGCGACACGGGAUCAAAGUGAAUAAAGAAGCGUCGAGCGGGAAAAAGGAGUUCGUCUGCGAUUUCUGCUUCCGCGUAUUCGAGAAUGAGGACUCGCUGACCGGGCAUAAGGUCUACCACCGAACCAUCGGCUACUACGGCUGCAUCUACUGCAAGCGCAAGUUCAACACGCUGACUUUGUACCGCAAGCACAAGAACCACCACUUCUCCCAGCUUAACGUCGACAACCCUACCAAGUGCGAGCACUGCGACGAGACUUUCGUCGCCUUCCGCGAGAUGAUCUACCACAUGCGGGACGUCCAUAACGACGACAAGGAGUGGAUCGUCAUGCCUAAAGACUCUAUAGAAGAGACGUGCCCGAUAUGCAACAAAGUGUUUUUCAAUCUACACAGACACUUAGAAUACCACGAGGAGAACAAGUGCAAGAAAUGCAACGAAUACUUCUACUCGCGCGCCGAUUACGACAACCACUUAUGCUCGAUCGAAAGCGACGACGAGGAGGCCGGCCCGAGCGAGAAUAGCUCGCUUCCGGCGUAUGAAGAGUGCGAGUUCUGCUUCAAGCCGAUCACGAGAAAAUCCUCGAAACGGAAGCACGACAUCAUCCACCGCGGCUCCGGCUCGAUCUCCUGUCGCUUCUGCCCGCUCAAGUUCAAGACCAUAGACGCGUUUAACAUCCACGCGUUCUCGCACCGCAGCAGAAAGUACAAUAAGCGGCCGAUUAAAUGUCGGAAGUGCGGCGAGAAGUUUGUCAAGUACGGGCCUUUCAUGAAGCACAUGAAAAACGUGCACAAAUCCACGAAGAAGAUUCACUAUCGUGCCAUUGUGAAGCCAGAAAGAUGCGUCGUUUGCGGAGGAGACUUUCCCAAUCUACACAAUCACUACCGCGCGCAUUUACUCAACCAAUGCCAGCUCUGUGGCAAGUACUUUUCGUCCUCAAGACUGUUUUCAAAACACCGCUGCGACCAGGAAGACGCCGAUCCCUCUAAAGUGUUUAUCUGCGACAAGAACCUCGACGCGCUCAUCAACUCAUACGUCCCUAAAGACUUGAAGGACGACGAGAAGUUCUACGGGGGUUCCGAAGACGAGGAUGAGGAAGAACCGACUGAACCGCCAGUUGUUUCAGAGACGAAGGAACUGAAAGCGUCGAUGUCUCAAGACGAGGAUAGUCAGGCUGCCGACAUGACAUUCUCGCAGGACGAAGCCAGCCAGGAAGAGAAAGAAUUCACUCAAGAGGAGCGGGAACUUCACCAGAUGGUAUCUUCGCCGAUCAUAUCCGACGUGUUAUCGUUGUAUCAGCAGACCCAAAGCACAGAAGACCGCAAGCAGAUCGUUAACGAGAAGGAUAUUGUCUCGCUGAUCGACGACGAUUCGUUGGACAUGGACGUCGUCAGUAUUCCUGUAAUUACGAUUGAUUAACUCGAGGAAAAGUGGUCACAUGAGACCGCGGUAACAAUUGAAGUCUAUUGUGUCUCGAUUCUCUGGUAUAAAUGGAUAAUUUAUCCAUGAGUGCACACGCACAUUACAAUAAUGACGCUCGGAUUGCUCGGAUCAAACUCCCCGCACCACGCGCUUUCCUCGACCGAAAAGUGUUGAUGAAACGAUCUAUACUUGAUAGGUUAAUCGAUUAUUCGGAAUCUAAAUCGGACUUGUCGACGAUCAUCGAUGGAAAUAAUCGAGCUGAAAUAUUUAGGCAGCAUGGAUUAGUACGGAACAGAUGUACUGGAUGGAAAGCAUUAUUAUGUAACGUGUCGUUGCACUAACGCAAUUAGUAAAACUGAUUUUAACACUAUAGGUUUUAUAGGCCACAUUUGAUUAGUAACUACCUUCAAAAAGGAUUAUGCAAACCAAUCAUGGUUAAGUAUGAUUAUGAAUGAAUGAUUUUGAAUUGAUAAGAUUAGAUACUAUGACAGCUUAAUCGUCAAUACCCUUUUUUAUAUGAUAUCAUGUAAAGAUUUAUGUAAUACAGAUUCAUGAUUGACACUAAAUUAUAUGACACAAGUAUUUAAAAUGAGAAGGCUCUAUUUUUUAGAAAAUUAUUAGAUUAGGAUGUAUGGUGUUAAGUGUAGGAAUCUAAAAAAAAUAUGUCUUUAAAUGUCGCACUUUAAAAAUUAUACAUUUGGAAUGUUAAUCCACUAUAAUGUUAAUGCUACCAUUCGUAGAUUCUAUGUACUGUAUUUUAAAUAGGUGUUGUGUCAGUUGUUUAUUUUUGUUUAUUAAUAUUGUAAUCAAGUGAGUGGCAAUGGGUAUAGUAUUUAGCUGUUUUUGACUCUAGAUUAUAACUGUUAUUAUUGAUUUUGUCGAUAUCUUUUUUCUAGAUCUACGGAACCUCUCACCAGCUAUUGGGCUGCCAUAUUUAUUGUAAAUAUAUUUUACGCCAUAGUAUGUAUUUAGGAUUCGGUAUGUACACUCGCGGUCUAGUUUUACCGCGGUACGGGGUUAUUUUGUGAGGUGUUCUUAGAUUAUAAUGUUAUUAUAUCGUCACUCCACUAUAAUGAUUGACAAUGAUUUUAUAGAUCACUAGUAAUUUUUGGCGUACAAAAUAAUAUUCACGUUAUCUCUUCCAGCUGUAAAAUAUGCCUGUGUUUAAGUGUGGGUUCACCAACAGCACGGUAAAUCGUAAAGCAAGUUUAGUUCUAACGUAACAUCACAGUUUUCCAAUAGUGUUUAAUAUUUUAAUACCACUUUAAGGUGCCUGUAUUCAUAUAGAGAAGAAAAUUAAAUAUCAUUGCAACCAUAGACAAAUAUAGAAAUAUACAUAGUUUAGCAUUUCUAGUUUCAUUAUGUAGACACAUACAUAUUUUUACAAUAAAUUUUGCUAAUAGUUAAUAAGUUAUUAAACUGCAAUUACUCAAAUAUUAGAAAUAUUUAUCUAAUGUAACUUUAACUUGGAAAAAAAUAGGAUUUUUAAUGUCAUGUCUUGUAUGAAUGCGAUAGAUUUUUUAUUGCAUUGUAUUUGUCGCGUGUAGGUAGGCCACGGCACAUCAAGAUAAACACUGGCAUCUUAAGUAGUUUACUAAGUGAUAUUUUGCAGUUAAAAUUGUAUAGUAUAGUCUAAUGUGCUGUCGACUACAAGUUAUGUACUUUCUGAAAUGUUUUAUUAUCGCGUACUGGAUACAAGUGUGUAUGUUUUGCAAUAUUAGCAAGCUGUAUUCGUUCGGACGAGGCUAGGGCGACGAAAUGAUGUAGUUUUAAAUUUAAUCAGUAAAGUGGCAUCUUAUACAGAACAACAAUAAGAAUAGGUCGCGCAGCAAGAGUCGAGGCGAUCAAUGCAUGCAAAGAUUUAUGUCUAGAUGUGCCCGGCGGUAAAAUGUAGCCUAUACAGACUCACAAACAUAGGAUUACUAGCUGACCCGGCGAACUUUGUUCCGCCUUAAUGGAAAUAAAUAAGCAGACUUUUUUUUAUUUCGAACGGGAUAAAAAGUAUCCUAUGUCCUUCUCCUGGCUCUAAACUACCUCCCUGACAAUUUUCAGCUAAAUCGGUUCAGCCGUUCUUGAGUUAUAAGUGGAGUAACUAACACGACUUUCUUUUAUAAUUAUUGAAUUUGUGUUUUGUGUUCUGUAUUGUGUUCGCCUCAACUUUCGCUGCGCGAUCUAUAGGAAUUAUAUUUUGUUCAUUUGAGAGCUGUUUUGACAUUUUACUGACUCACCAUAAGAACUGGAAAAAAAAUUCAUUUGAUUUGAUGUUAGCUUUACAAUAUUCAUAUCUUUGUGCUAAUAGCUUAUCAGAAUUCAGUCUUUAAAACUAUGUCAGAAAAUAAAUUUUUUAUUGCGAAUGAAAAUAAAAAGAUACAGACAAGCGGGAAUUAUUAUAUGAUUUGGAAGGAAUUAAACAGUUUUAAAGACUGAACAAUCUCGGUUUAAAAGUAUUUUUAAAGAAAUAGUAGUAUUUGUGACUGGUGUAUCAUUCCGAAGAGUCGCGUUGAUUGUGAUUGCCAAAAAUGGAUGUUUAAGUUUGAAUUAUAACUGAAUAUUAGUUAGAUUUAGCGUGACUAAGGUAAAGUAGGUUUAAUGGUUCUUUUGUAAAUGUUUCAUGUAUGAGUAGGUAGUCGCAUUACUAUAUUACGUGACGCAGUUAUUUUAUUGAGUGUCCUAAGCUGAUAGACAGAAAACAAGAAGGUCAGUAUCAGUAUAAAAUAUGCUUCAAGGGUCUUAUGAUUAUGAAUUCACUAAAUACCUUUAUGAAUGUGUUGAGUGACCUAACAUUUUCUGUCUCUGAGCCUAUCACAAGUUAUCUUUUGUUUUCAGAAUGUUAUAUUUGUUUUAUUUUUUCUUACAAAUUAUGUAUGUCUUCGACUUCAAAGAAUUUUAAUCUUUUUAUCCUGAAAAUGUUAAAAUAAAUAGAUUAUACCAAUCUGUAUGAUUUUAUUCAGUCAUUAGCACCUAAGAAUAUUGAGGUAAAAUAAAACACUUAACUAAUUUUAGAAAUGAUCAUUUUUAUUUGUCAACAUAGUGUUACAGGUGGUAUUAACAUGUAUUGUUAGUCAAAUCGCGCUCGUACACCUCACUUCGAUAACAUUCAAAUAGAAAAUAAAUUCAAUAUUAUAAAAAUAGCUUUGCGCCUUUUUACAAUAUACACAGUUGUGUGCUUAUUAAUUACAAGUGCUGGUUAAGGCUGAGAGUAUGACCACAAUGCGGGUAGCUCUGUUGAGCGAACGACUAUGAGUUAUAACAGCGUCUUAAUGUAGUGCCUAUAUGUAUCUUUUUUUCGGGCUUACCCCAUGAACAGAAUAUAAGAGUAGGGGAGAGAUCCGAAAAGUACCUUACAAAUGCGCGACUCAGUCCACGCUAAAUUUGUGGCUGCUACCGGCGAUCGAAUUGGUUUCAAAGUCCGCUCAACAUGAGUUUCCGAAAACAUUUACCUACAUUAUGGGAUAUUGCGAAACGAUAAAUGCGUAAAUAGGACAGUCUUAAGUGUAAUGAUGAAAACGCCUAAGCGGAAGUUAGUGUAGUCCAAUCGCAUGAUUAAAAAGCAGGCUCCCUCAGCACUACAGAAGUUACGAGCAAAAUAAUAAAAUAGACAACUCAACAUCAUCAGCAUCACUUAGUUAUUUAUUGAUACGUUAAGUCUAUCGCAAAAAAAUUGCGCUGACGAGUGAAGAAGCUCAAGCUGUAUAUCCACUAGGGGACAAGUCCCAGACACGUGGCUUAUUCCACUAUUCUCCGUUGACAAUCCCCGUUUAUUAGGAUUUUAUUUUUAACGUAACGUAACGAACAAAAAGUUCACUAAUUCCCGUUGACGGGGAUUGUCAACGGGGAAUAGUGGAAUAAGCUAGACACAUGACGUUUCUCUUGGCCCGAGUUCACUUGAACGUGUCAACAAUACUUUUUCCACAGUGAAUACAAGGCCUAAUGCUAUGUAGAAAUCACAAUCGUAAACCUUACAUGGAUCUAUAUGAAACCUAACUAAAUAUGAUUAAAUUUAAACGCUUUAGAAUCACCAUGGGUUCUUCUCAGUCAUUUUACCUAAUUUAUAUUAUAUACACAUAUACAGAAAAAUAUUAAGAUAUACACGUCAUACCAUAUAGCUUAACGAAUGUCCCAUUAACAUUGUCACAUAAAAUAUAAAUAAUAAUAUUUGUUAUUUUAAUAAUUAUUGUUAAAAUAAUUUUCGUGGUUACAUUAUGCACAAAACCUAAACGUAAAACAUUUUUUUUUGCUUAGAAGCAUAUAACGUACCUAAGAAUUAAAAGGAAAUUAUUAUGCGUUAUAAAUGACACUUUCUCUCAAAAAAUACUCAUCGACUCCGUACCUACUAUAAAAAUUGACCAACAUAGUGAAAUAUAAUAUUCUAAGGGGAAAUACUAAUUUGGUCAGAUUCCAUUUGGAGUGUACGGUAAACUAACAAAAAAUACUAUAAACCAAAAUACUGAAUUGUAAUGAAAUAAUACCAAGUAGAUUCACAAUGUGCGGCUCAUCACACACACACAAAAUCGUACCUUUAAAAGUGAAACAACAGUUUUUGAUCAAAGUUUCACUGCGUACGAAAAUAAGACACCGAAUAGUACUCUACUCUUCUGAUGUGAACACUGAAGGCUCGAUUAAUUAAAAUGUCCCGAUCUUAUAAUAUAGACUAAGCAAAGAUACUGUCGAAAUGAUUUUCUGUACUAUCUUAUAUCCGAUGUAGACACCUCUCGCUCCCACAAAAUACCGAGUGAACGAGCGGCAGCUAUUACUAUAGAUUACUCUUAAAUUCGAAUCGCGAUUCGAUGAGUGCUAAGCCUUCACUUGGUUUAUUCAUCUGAUAUGGUUCUUUAGUGCUGUAACUGCGACACAGCACCUUGACUAGUACAUCCCUACACAUUUUACACGAGGCACUGAACACUAGUACUAACACAUUGGCACACCAAUCACUCAUUUUUACACACUAAUCGUAUUACAAAUGACAGCGUGGGCAGUUUCAAAAUAAUAGAAAUUGUAUGCAAUAUACAUAACCGGCCAGACAGAAAUUAUUAGGCCUUAAAAAGAUGCGUUGUCAUUUGUAAUAUUAUCAGAAACACUCCGUUGUAAACUGGGGGACUAUUCCGCAAACGGACUUUAAUAAAUUUGCCCUAAACGACUCUCACUCAUGCCACCUUUAAAUGGUGAGCGAACGGGUAUAAUCUAAUAUAGCGAAAUGUUUUUGCGGAAUAGAGCCCCAGUUUCUAUUUACAUUUUAAACUCUUGUAUGACACUUUUGGUACGUUCACGUUUUUAUUAAAAAAACAUUGGUGUGCGUUCAUGACAUAAACAACUGUAUCAAACAGUUACUAUUUUAAAUAAAAAAAACGUAAGUCUUUGCCACAGGGUAGAAACGCGUGGCGUGACCAUAGUCCAUAAAACUAUCUGUUAUUUCAACUAAUUAAAUGUUACAUAACUUAUUCAUAAUUCACAUAUCAAUCCUGGUGUAAUUUGAUCACGUGUUUAAAUAUAAUCAACUUAAAUAUACACAUACUUAAAUAAGUUAAACUAUAAUUAAAAAGAUAAAAACUAUACAUCGUUUCACUUUAGCGAAAUCAUAAAUCAUCAACUUAUUUAUCGGUCACAAAAAUAUUGUGACAGUUAUUUGAAGACUAAUGAUAUUUUAUUGGAGUUGUAAAUGGCUAUAAAUGAGAUAUACGCCCGUAUUCACAAACAAUGCUUGCAUAAGUGAAGCAGCCGUCGCAAUCGAACGCACAGCGUUGAAUAGAGCUCUAUAAUUGGUUCGUCACCUGUGCGUCCACGCGCACAGUGAGACCUCAUAGUAAUGUUUGUGAAUACGGGCGAUAAACCCGAUUAUUGGCGCAUGUAUUAAGUAGUUAACUAGGUGUAAGUUUUCUAUAGUCUCUCUUUUAACUGUGCACUAAAGUAACUGGCACUAUAAAAUAGUUAUCAAUUAUUGAGCAGCCGUUGAAAAACUGUCUCAAAUAAUUAAUUGAUCUGUGGUACGUUUGUUCAAUGAGGACUUUUAUAUUUAUGACGCCAGCUGGCGCCACUGGCGAAUAAGGUCCUGUCACUUGCUAAUGUAUAUGACAGUGGCGCCACGUGGUGAGCGUUUAAGGCUUGGGCAGACCAAACGCGGGGCAGUAGCAGCGCAGUUUGAAUGCGGGCCCGCACAAGUUGUAAUACAAGAAACUCUUUGAAGUGUGUCACACCAAAUUUGAACGCGGGCCCGCGCUCCAUCCGCGCCGCACUGCAACUGCCGAACGACAAACGAGGCGGCGCGGGUGCGGGACAGAAGCGGCGCGCGCGCGGGCCCGCGCUGUUGUAUUACUAUGGCGGCCAUAUUAGCAUGACACACCAGAGGCAGGGCGGUAGCAGAGCGUUGAAAGCGGUUUUCGAAUAUUGAAUUUUUGACAAACGCCCGCGUUGCAACUGCUUUGAAACUGCGCUGCCUUCAGUGUGCCUGCUGCCGCGCUGCAACUGACCCGCACUGCUUCUGACCCGCCUUUGGUCUGUGGAAGCCUUUAUCCUAAGAGGACUAUCGUAUUUGCACUCACCACUUUGGCGACUCUGUUAUUGUUCUACUUCUCGACAGUGGCGCCAACUGGUGAGCGCAAAUAUGAAGGCCCUUCAUUACUCUGCGAUGGAAACUUGUGCUAAGUAACGAACUAGUGUUUUGAUCACAUCAAAACUUUAGUAUUCUAAUUAUCUCGGGUGCAGUGGGACUACUGACGUUCAUUUAUAUUUAUGAGCUUGUGUUGAGCAAUGUUAAAUUUUCAGAAUUUGAGCUAUUUAUAUUUUUAAUAUUCAUUUUUUUUGCAAAAAAAAUCUGUAGAAUAUUUUUUACGCAACAUUACGCUCAUUGUUAACAAAUUUAUAUGUCCAGUAUUUUAAAACCAUCGUAAGUAGGUCAAUAUUAUGGCCAUAGACUAAUUGCUUAAGUGUAAAAUGGAAGACAAUGAUAAGAUAACUACUUUCUAGAAUAACAUAACAAGCUUAAUAAAAUAUCAGAAAUAAUAAAAUCAUAAAUUACUUGAUGCCUAUGGCCAUAAUAUCACUUUUCAUAAAGAUAAUAACAAAAAUAAGUAGUUCGUCGUAAAUAUUGGGAGCAUUUUGCACAGUUAUAAUUUAUGGCGUUGCAUCAUUAAUUUAAAUUUUGCUUUCUUUUAAAUACACGAAUAAAUAAUAGACAUCCCAAACACUGAAAUACAGCAUAAUUACUGUAUUACCUUCUGGUUUAAACAAGCUGUGAUUGUGGUUAUGGUAGAGCAGUAGAUACAUUGACUUUUUUCACAUCUAGAGUGCUUGACUGGGUUCAACCAUUUACGGUGUGCAGAAACCCUAUUCUCAGCAGAACCAGCUGCAUCUAUUGCUCGUCUGAUGUCCCGGUAGGUAGUUACUGUUUACUCAUUUGUAAUACGCAUGCGGGUUCAACUAUUUAACUAUUGAGUCCGCACUACGGUUUUUCCCGCAAGCGGUAAAUCGCCAAACCUCGAGACCGCACGAAACGUAUAGGUGAAAAAAAGCCGCAGUUCGUACGCUUGCAUUAGUUUUACUUGGUUAUAAAAUCACAAGGUUAAAAACCGCGGCGGUUUAGGGUGGAUUCGACCAAACAAGAGUAAAGGACAAUGACCAAAAGUGGUCCAAAUGUCCACCACUAAUGAGACCUAUUUGGGCUUAUAGUCCAUUAAAUAGAGAUUAACUUUCAGUAUGCGACGAAAAAAAAAUAAGCCGUCAGUAAAAAGUUACGACUGUUUAAAAAAUUGUAGUAGUUUACGCGCUAAUCACAGGAACUACUGGUCCGAUUUGAAAAAUUAUUUUUGUUAUGGAUAGCCCAUUUAUCAAGGAUGGUUUUAGGAUAAAUAACAUCACCCUACAACCAAUAGGGGCGGAGCAGUAAAGACAAAUGU